CGCCGCGCGCGCGGCCUCCCGGGGCCCCCUCCCCCGCCGGGGCGUCGGACCCCGCGCCCGCCCCUCAUCCCUUCUGCGUCUGCGUUUGCCUUACUCCGCCCGACCUGUCGGGCCAAGAACAGGGGUGUCGUUCUGACACCUUUAUUUUAAUCCCGCCUCAAAGCCCUCGGCGGAUCUGACGGUCCCACUUGCAGAGAGAAGGUCUGGAGCUGGCGCAGCUUUUGUCCUGGGCAGGAGCCUCCCGCGGGCUCUGCUUCCGUUCCUUCUCCGCAGCCCGCUGCCACCCAGGAGCCCCAGCGGGAGUAAGACCCAGCUCUCUGCGUUCAGUCUUCAUGCCCUGGGACCCCUCACUCCACCCCUCAGCUCGUCUGGUUCUCCAAGUUCGUGCCUACUUACAGCAGUUUCAGCGCUGUUGCCCUUCCAGAGCCUAGAGGAUGUUUCAUGGGAUCCCGGCCACUCCGGGCAUAGGAGCCCCUGGGAACAAGCCAGAGCUGUAUGAGGAAGUGAAGUUGUACAAGAAUGCCCGGGAGCGGGAGAAGUACGACAACAUGGCAGAGCUGUUUGCGGUGGUGAAAACUAUGCAGGCGCUGGAGAAAGCCUACAUCAAGGACUGUGUCUCCCCCAGCGAGUACACUGCAGCCUGCUCCCGGCUCCUGGUCCAGUACAAAGCUGCCUUCAGGCAGGUUCAGGGCUCAGAAAUCAGCUCUAUUGAUGAGUUCUGCCGCAAAUUCCGACUGGACUGCCCGCUCGCCAUGGAGCGGAUCAAGGAGGAUCGGCCCAUCACCAUCAAGGACGACAAGGGCAAUCUGAACCGCUGCAUUGCCGACGUGGUCUCGCUCUUCAUCACGGUCAUGGACAAGCUGCGCCUGGAGAUCCGCGCCAUGGAUGAGAUCCAGCCUGACCUGCGGGAGCUGAUGGAGACCAUGCACCGCAUGAGCCACCUGCCGCCCGACUUCGAGGGCCGCCAGACGGUCAGCCAGUGGCUGCAGACCCUGAGCGGCAUGUCGGCAUCGGACGAGCUGGAUGACUCACAGGUGCGUCAGAUGCUGUUUGACCUGGAGUCCGCCUACAACGCCUUCAACCGCUUCCUGCACGCCUGAGCCCGCGGCACCAGCCCCUGCAGGGAGGGGCGGAGUCUGAGACGCUGGCUCCUGGACCCCGUCCGCCACAACUCACUGGCCGCAGCUACCCGCCUUGUGUCUGUCUUUGAUAUCAGGACUUUGGGGGCCAGGCCCCUCCCCACAAUAAAGAUGCUGUCUGACCCUCC